AUGACUACGAGAUUCUGUGUGAUUAAGAUUGUAUCUUUCUACUUGCAGAAAUGCCUCAGUAUCUUGGAGGAGGCGAUCCGUUACGCGGACCCAUUACUGACUGAACACGCCUUCCGGGGUACAACAAACAAUCCGGUUUGGUCCUUUGCUGAAACGAAGCCCAUAAUCAGUCUGUUUGAAGAGCUCCAUCCAACCUAUAGCUGUCCUUUAGCCAUGGAUGAGUGUAUGCCGACAAAUGAAAUUGGCACACUAUCGGAACGUUUGUUCAAUCUAGCUCCGGUCACCUGGGAGGGAUAUGUGGUUGCGCCACCUGGGAACAUUGCGCUGGAACCCAAAGGAAUCGAUCGAUCUAGUUGCAUGACCGAAACAGACAGACAUUCUGAUGCGAAAUAA